AGGCAGCCGGAGGAGGUUCUGCAGCGGCUGGGAAGAAACGCCUCGCGAGGCUCAAGCAGGCAGCGGUCCGCCUUUAGGCUCGAGGAGGGAGCGGCAGAGAGCGUCCCUCUCCCUGCCGGGCAGCGGGGGCAGAGCGGAGGUCCUGCCAGAGCCGGGCAGGCGAGUCAGAGGGGAGGCGAAGAGACCGCGGGAGGAGCGGCUGCCAUGAAGCCCAGCGGGGAGCAGGGGGCGGGGGCGGCCGCAGGAGUGGACGACCCCUGGAAGGAGUGCGUGGAGGCGGCGGUGCAGUUGGCGCUGCGGGCGGGACAGAUUAUUAGAAAAGCUUUCACUGAGGAAAAACAAGUAUCCACCAAAACAUCUGCAGCAGAUCUUGUGACAGAAACCGAUCACUUUGUGGAAAACUUAAUUGUUUCUGCUCUGAAAGAAAAGUUUCCCUCUCACAGGUUUAUUGCAGAAGAAGCUACUGCUGCUGGUUCAGAGUGUGUAUUGAGUGCUAGCCCUACCUGGAUUAUUGACCCAGUUGAUGGCACCUGCAAUUUUGUACACAGGUUUCCAACUGUGGCUGUUAGCAUUGGAUUUGCUGUUAAUCAAGAGCUUGAAUUUGGUGUAAUUUAUCACUGCAUUGAAGAGCGAUUAUACACUGGUAGAAGAGGUCAAGGGGCAUAUUGUAAUGACAAAAGGCUUCAAGUAUCAAAAGCAACAGACAUUUCAAAGGCCCUGAUCUUAACAGAGAUUGGUCCAAAACGAGACACUGAGACACUGAAACUAUUUCUUAGUAACAUGGAGAGGCUACUCAGGGCCCAAGCUCAUGGGAUUCGUGUAAUUGGAAGUUCUACUUUAGCACUCUGCCACUUAGCAUCUGGUGCUGCAGAUGCCUAUUAUCAGUUUGGCUUGCAUUGCUGGGACUUGGCUGCAGCUACUGUUAUUAUCAGAGAGGCGGGUGGUGUUGUCAUAGAUACUUCAGGUGGCCCUCUAGACCUAAUGUCAUGCCGAGUGAUUGCUGCAGGUACCCAAGAAAUGGCUGCAUUCAUAUCUCAGCAAAUACAGACUAUUCAUUAUAGAAGAGAUGAUGAGAGUUGACAGGACUUUAAAUGUUUCUGAAAAUAUUGAGGAACCUGCCCUUUGAACUACUUCACUUUUCUUCAAGAAGGCUUGCUUAUAGGGUAAAUGGGUAAAGGUGUGCUUUCUUGUACUGGUGGAAUUUCAAAAAUGUUAGGAAAAGCUUUUGCUUGCAUUAUAGGAAGGUGAAGGGAAUUUUUUUAAUUUUGUAAGCUUCUUGGCUCCUUUUAUAAUAAAAGUUUAUUUCACCUGCACUUUCUUAAAUAUGUCACAGGCAUCCGGGGUUGAGUUAGUUUCUUGCUUCUUUAAAGAUGGAAGAGGCUGUUUGUAACAAUGUAAUUAAAAACAAAAUGCUACUUCUUGCAGAUCUCAGGUCAACUAUGUUUUGUUCUGUAGCAGGGAGCAAGUAGCUUACAUGGUGUGCCUAAAACUCCCUCAUCCAUCAAUACUUGAGAAGACAA